AAACUCAACCCGGCUGUUAAGCUUUAUCGUAGUAUAAGGUCCAAGAUGACUUCCAAAAACGAUACGAGGUCGAAGAUAGAGGACAUCACUAAAAGAUUAGAAGACAUUGAGAACCGAAAGAAUGUCCUGAAUUUGAAAGAGAAUGGUGAAGGGAAUAUUGGGUCAGGGUCCAAGACGAGAAGAGGAGGGCGGGAAACGACUUCUUUGGUCUACAAAUCUGAAGUUUAUGGCAGAGAACGAGAUCAAGAGGCUAUAGUUGAGGAGUUGUUGAGGGAUGGAGCUAGUGUUGACAAUGUCUCUGUCAUUCCCAUUGUGGGCAUGGGUGGUAUUGGUAAGACAACUCUCGCUCAGCUCGUCUAUAAUGAUGAACGUGUGAAGGGUCAUUUUGGUGUCAAGGCAUGGGUUUGUGUUUCUGAUGAUUUUCAGGCCUAUGUUCAUAGAGUGACCAAGGCAAUUCUCGAGGGUGUCACUUUAAGAACUCAUGACUCCGAGUCUUUGGAUAUGCUUCAACAGAAUUUGAAGGAGAACUUGUCAAGAAAGAAAUUUCUUUUUGUUUUGGACGAUGUUUGGAAUGAGAAGUAUGGAGACUGGGAGGUCCUAAAACGUCCUUUUAAUGUUGGGGCACCUGGGAGCAAAAUUAUUGUCACAACUCGCAGUGAAAUCGUUGCAUCAACCAUGACUCUGUCUCAGCCGGCUUACCUUCUAAAAGGGCUGUCGAACGAUGAAUGUCUGUCUUUAUUUGCUCAUCAUGCACUCGAGAAAGAAAACUUUGAUGCAGAUCCCUAUCUAAAAGGAAUUGGUGAGGAAAUAGUGAAUAAAUGUAAAGGCUUGCCUUUGGCAGUAAAAACACUUGCAGGCCUCUUGCGCACUAAACGGCACCAAAAUGAGUGGGUAGAUAUAUUGAAUAGCAGGAUAUGGAUUCUACCCGAAGAAAGUGAUAUACUUCCAGCUCUUAAAUUGAGCUAUCAUUAUCUUCCAUCUCAUUUGAAGCAAUGUUUUGCCUAUUGUGCAACAUUUCCAAAAGACUAUGAAUUUGACAAAGAUGAACUAGUUCUGUUGUGGAUGGGGGUGGGUCUGUUGCAGCUAUCAAAAGAAAAGGAUCUAAUGAAAGAUUUUGGCUACAAGUGUUUUGAUGAUCUUCUAUCAAGAUCAUUUUUCCAACAAUCUAGUGGUAGUAAAUCACGGUUUGUGAUGCAUGACCUUCUAAAUGAUCUAGCUCUACACGUCACUGGGGAUAUAUGUUUUAUGCUGAAUAAGUUGGAAGGUAAUGAGCAAUUUGAAAUUCCUAAACGAACUCGGCAUUUGUCAUUUAUUCGUCAAAAAUUUGAAGUCUUUCAAAAGUUCAAGCCUCUUUGUAAAGUUCAGCAGUUGCGAACUCUGUUAGCAUUACCAAUUCAGACAUAUGCUUCAGAAGAACGUUACUUAGCAAAAAAGGUUUUGUUUGAUUUAUUGCCGAAAUUGCAAUGCUUAAGGGUGCUAUCUUUUUCUGGUUAUUCUAUAACUGAGCUACCGGACUCAAUUGGCCUUUUGAAACAUCUCAGGUAUCUUAAUUUAUCUAGGACUUCAAUCAGAUCAUUACCUGAAUCAGUGAGUACUCUCUACAAUUUACAAACAUUGUUAUUGCGCAGUUGCAAAAAUCUUUGUAUGUUUCCUCCAAACACUGAGAAUUUAACUAAUCUGCGUCAUCUUGACAUUGUUGAUACUGUGGAAUUACGAGAGAUGUCCUCAGGUAUUGGUAAGCUAGAGAAUUUGCAAACACUGUCAAAGUUUGUUGUGGGCUGCAAAAAUAAUGGGGCAAGAGUGAAAGAGUUGGGGAAUCUGAGCCUUUUACGUGGGAAUAUUUCUAUUGAAGAGUUGCAAAACAUAACAGAUGUUCGGGAUGCAAAUGAGGCAAAUUUAAGGAAUAAGGAGUGCCUUAAUGAAGUAGAUUUGGCAUGGUGCAGUGAGUUUAACGAUUCUCGAAAUGAAGAACUUGAAUUGGAUGUGCUUGACAAGCUGCAACCUCACAUAAACUUGAAAAGGCUCAAAGUUAAGUUCUAUGGGGGCACGGAAUUUCCAAGUUGGAUAGGCAAUCCAUCCUUUUCUGAAAUGGUGAACCUGAGUCUUAUAGGCUGUAGAAAAUGCAGAUCUUUAGCACCACUCGAGAAACUACCCAACCUCAAAGAGUUAUACAUUGAAGGCAUGCUUGAAGUAGAAAUUUUGGGGGAUGUUCUUCCUUUUCCAUCACUGGAGACUCUAAAAUUUGUAGACAUGCCUGCAUGGAAAGAUUGGAUUGUUGUUGAAGAAGCUCGAAGACAAUUCCCUUGCCUUCGUGAGCUCAGUAUACUUGGUUGUCCGAAUUUGAUUAGGAUUUCCCAUUUAAGGCUUCCCUCUCUUCAAACAUUAUACUUGGAAGAGUGUGAGGAGGUGGUGCUAAAAAGUAUUGUUGGUGUGACCUCGCUAACUAGCUUGGAAGUUGUGAAUAUUAGAGGGCUAUCUCAGCUUGAGGAAGCAUUGGUGCUGUCUUUGGUAGCACUCGAAAGUCUUGUGUUCAAAAAAUGCAACCAACUGGUGGCUUUGUGGCAAAAUGGUGGAGGGGUUGCACAGAAAAAUAAUCUUGUCCGUUUACAGAGACUGAGAGUCGAGUCGUGCCCCCAACUUGUUUCCUUUGGAGAAGAUCAAUUAGAUGAUGAAGGGUUGCCUUGCAUUAAUCUUCAGGAACUGAAGAUAACAGCUUGUGUGAAACUUGAGAAGUUGCCAAAUGACCUGAAUAAGCUCACCUCUCUCACAUGUUUAGAGAUUAGUUGGUGUUCAAAACUUUUGUGGUUUCCGAGGACGGGUGUCCCGCCCUCGCUUAGAAGACUUGAGAUAGGCAAUUGUGAUGCCUUGGAGUCCCUCCCUGAAGGCAUCUCUGGUGUUGAACACUUGGAAAUCCGUGAUUGUCCAUCAUUGAGGAGUUGGCCAACCGAAAAUAUGUUACCCACCCCUCUUAAGUAUCUUCAUAUUGCUGACUGCGUGAAUUUGGAGUACUGGGUUUCGGGGACGACCAUGCAGCAGCAGCAACAGGAGGACUUUAACAUAGAUAUUAUGUCAUCACUUGAGAUAUUCAUCUCGAAUUGGCCAAAAGUUGGAAUGUUACUUGGGGGUUGCAUAAAGAAUACUAAUAGUUUUGCUCAUCUCCGUGAUCUGAAUAUAUGGUAUUGCGAUGGUCUGGAGUCCUUGUCAUUUCCAGAAAGAGGCUUACCCAACCUCAGAUCACUUGCAGUCUGGAAUUGCUUGAAUCUGAAAUCCUUAGUUACCACCAACCAGAUUCUUCAAAACCUCGAAUCCCUACGUAUAUGGAGAUGUCCAAGUCUGGAGGCCUUUCCGGAAACAGGCUGCUGCUUGUCCACCCCCAACUUGAGAUCGAUUCAGAUCAGCGGCUGCCAUGAUCUGAGAUGGUUGCCAAUUGAUCAGAUUCAAAGCCUCGCAUCACUUGAAACCAUUGAAAUAUGUGAUUGUCCAUGUCUUGAGUCCUUUACUCAAGGCAAUGGGAAUGGGAAUUUGCCCCCCAACCUAACUAAGCUUACUAUUAUUGGUUGCGGGAAAGUACUGAAGCCCUUGUUAGAAUGGGGUCUACACAGACUCACCUCUCUUCGAGUAUUUCAAAUUAAAGGUGGAUAUCCAGACCUGGUCUCUUUUCCUCCUGAUGUUGAUGACAAUGAUGAGUACUCUCUAUUUCCUACAUCUCUAACCAAAUUACACAUCCAAGACCUGCCGAAUCUGAAAUCCAUAUCAUUGAAGGGCCUCCAAAAUCAUACCUCUUUUCAAAAUCUAGGCAUCCAUGACUGCCCGAAUCUGAAAUCCAUAUCAUCAUCAUCCGAGGGCAGUGGCAGUGGCAGUGGCAGUGGCAGUGGCAGUGGCAGUGGCCUCCAAAAUCUCACCUCUCUUAAACGUCUAUUGAUCCGUAAGUGCCCUAAGCUUCGAUCCUUGCCAAAGGAGGGUCUGCCUUCCACACUUCAAUGUUUAGAAAUCAAGGAAUGUCCAGUUCUUGAAAAACAGUGCGAGGAAAAUAAAGGCGAUUACUGGCCCAACAUUGCCCACAUUCCCUACGUCAGAAUGCAUGCCAAUUACCUCUACCUCUCUUAAAGCUGAUAUUGAACCCCUACUAUAUUCUUCUGUCAAGAUUCAAGAUGUUAAAGUCCUACAGAAUGGCCAAACCCGAGAACAGUUCUUAUACAUGAUGAAAUGUCAAAAUGUGUGCCAAUCUAGGAUGGUUUAGCUGUUCAUCUUGAGAUUGGCAUUGGGGCUUGCAUUUCUCAGACUGCAAAAUCCAAGAGUAACCUUCUCUUCAUCAACCUUCGCGUUUCCAUUUCCGUGGUGAAUAACUUCCUGCAAAUCUGUAACGUUGUAAAAAUGGUGUCCAUGUCAUGGAGGUGGUGGAAUUCUGUGAUUUAGUCGUGUCCAGGAAGGCUGACUGUGUACACUUUAUGGAUGUUUGAAGGAGGAAUUAUGGAGUUGUAUUUGUUUCUUGUGAAUUUGGGAGUUGUAUGUGUUGCUUGUGAACUUAGGAGCUGUAUGCUUUAUAAGAGUUGAUAUUGACUUGAUUGAUCAUAUGUGGUGUAAUUUGCAUCUUAGUGUUAAAACCUCCUUUGCAUUUCUGAA